UACUUAAUACAAUACAAAAGAUUUUUGAACGCACGUCAGAAACCGGAAUUAGCAAAACUUUGGGAGACCAAACCUCAAAGUACCCGACACGACUUGAACUUCCUUGUGAUUUUGAAUUUGUCGUGGCAUUAAUGAAGGCAGAGAAAUCGCUUUCACCGUAAAUAUUGUAAAUCACUGUAAAAAUAACUGUUCGAAUCCAUUUGCCUAAGGGACAAUCAAACCUAUUGUGUUUGAGAUUUCAACUGUUAAUCAAGUUCGAAAUUGCAGGAAAAAGAAACAACUUCGUGAUGCAUUUUAUUGAGAUUCUCGCACACGUCUUCGUGUUGGUCAAUUUAUGCCGGUUUGGUGAAGCUGUUCUAUGCGAUGCCCUCGAAGGACGUUCGUUUGAAUGUGGUAACAGAGCAGCACUGGAAGCUGAUUGCCCAAAAACAUGCUGCUUUAAUCAGACAGCGAGUCCGCCAUGUUAUUUUAAAGAGAAAGAUUUUGGCCCCAUCCAACACGCUAACGGACUUUGCAUAAAUGUGCAAGAUGGAAGCGAUCGUCUUAUUUGGUCACGUGAUUGCACUUCAAAGAAUGUUUUCUUCUUGGUAGCAAGGCACCAUCCAGUUUAUCAUGCGGCUACAGGAAAAUGCAUUUUACCAAUUGAUUGUAAUGGCAAAAAAUGUGACGUAAUACUACAACCGAAUAAUCGUUGUACUGCGUCAAAUUCAAAAUUUCAACCAACUGUGAAUGGAAAUUUGGAAUACGAUGACUAUUCUGGAAGAAAAAUGUGCAUUGGUAGCUCAUCUGUUGCUAAUAAUAAAUGGGAACCUCAAGAAAAUGAAAAUGUCACUAUUGCAGAAAAUAUUUGUAGCGUGAAUAACUCAUGCAAAUUUGACUACGUGAGUGAAAAAAUAAUUUUGAGUUCGGGAAGUAUGACAAUGCAAUGUAAUAAACAAUGCAGUACAUCGAAGAUUGAAGUACGAUUGGCUGAAUUUGGUAAAUUGAUCAAUUAUGUACCCUCAAAGAUGUUGUCAAACGAAAAAGGAUGUUUGUCAUCAUCACUGUCAAGGUCGGUGCAGAAAAAAGUGCAAAGAAAAGAGCUAUUGUUCUUUCAAUAUGGGCGAAGAAGGAAUCGUUGCAAAAUCAUCUGAUUGUUCAAAAGGAACAUGGCUACUUGUGCGUUACACUUGCAAAUUUUCAGAUAUUAAGAAAUGUCUGUUCAACUCAUGCAAUGCCAAUGCCAACUGUACGGAUAUAGAUGGAUCGUUUAAAUGCCAAUGUAAAGAAGGGUAUUCUGGAAAUGGAAUCAAUUGCACAAAUAUCGACGAAUGUCUGUCUCAUCCAUGUGACGACAAUGCUAACUGUACUGACAAUGACGGAUCUUUUGAAUGCCAAUGUAAAGAAGGGUAUUCUGGAAAUGGAACUUAUUGCACAAAUGUCAACGAAUGUUUGUUCAGUCCAUGUGACGACAAUGCCAAUUGCACCGAUAAUGAAGGAUCUUUUGAAUGCCGAUGUAAAGAAGGGUUUUUUAGAAAUGGAACUAAUUGCACAAAUAUCGACGAAUGUCUGUCUCAUCCAUGUGACGACAAUGCUAACUGUACUGACAAUGACGGAUCUUUUGAAUGCCAAUGUAAAGAAGGGUAUUCUGGAAAUGGAACUUAUUGCACAAAUGUCAACGAAUGUUUGUUGAGUCCAUGUGACGACAAUGCCAAUUGCACCGAUAAUGAAGGAUCUUUUGAAUGCCGAUGUAACGAAGGGUUUUUUAGAAAUGGAGCUAAUUGCACUAAUAUCGACGAAUGUCUGUCUCAUCCAUGUGACGACAAUGCUAACUGUACUGACAAUGACGGAUCUUUUGAAUGCCAAUGUAAAGAAGGGUAUUCUGGAAAUGGAACUUAUUGCACAAAUGUCAACGAAUGUUUGUUGAGUCCAUGUGACGACAAUGCCAAUUGCACCGAUAAUGAAGGAUCUUUUGAAUGCCGAUGUAAGGAAGGGUUUUUUAGAAAUGGAGCUAAUUGCACAAAUAUCGACGAAUGUCUGUCUCAUCCAUGUGACGACAAUGCUAACUGUACUGACAAUGACGGAUCUUUUGAAUGCCAAUGUAAAGAAGGGUAUUCUGGAAAUGGAGCUUAUUGCACAAAUGUCAACGAAUGUUUGUUGAGUCCAUGUGACGACAAUGCCAAUUGCACCGACAAUGAAGGAUCUUUUGAAUGCCGAUGUAAGGAAGGGUUUUUUAGAAAUGGAGCUAAUUGCACAAAUAUCGACGAAUGUCUGUCUCAUCCAUGUGACGACAAUGCUAACUGUACUGACAUUGACGGAUCUUUUGAAUGCCAAUGUAAAGAAGGGUAUUCUGGAAAUGGAACUUAUUGCACAAAUGUCAACGAAUGUUUGUUGAGUCCAUGUGACGACAAUGCUAAUUGCACCGAUAAUGAAGGAUCUUUUGAAUGCCGAUGUAAGGAAGGGUUUUUUAGAAAUGGAGCUAAUUGCACAAAUAUCGACGAAUGUCUGUCUCAUCCAUGUGACGACAAUGCUAACUGUACUGACAAUGACGGAUCUUUUGAAUGCCAAUGUAAAGAAGGGUAUUCUGGAAAUGGAACUUAUUGCACAAAUGUCAACGAAUGCUUGUUGAGUCCAUGUGACGACAAUGCCAAUUGCACCGACAAUGAAGGAUCUUUUGAAUGCCGAUGUAAGGAAGGGUUUUUUAGAAAUGGAGCUAAUUGCACAAGUAUCAACGAAUGUUUGUUUAGCCCAUGUGACGAUAAUGCAAAUUGCACCGACAAUGAAGGAUCUUUUGAAUGUCGAUGUAAAGAAGGUUUUUCUGGAGAUGGAUUUUCUUGUACAAAUAUAUUAUCCUCAAUUCAAAUGAACUUAAAAUAUGAAGGAAUUUCUGGAAAGUUACUUAUUAUCACAUGUACUGUUGAUGGGUCGUCGUCACCAAAUUUUUUGUGGAAAAAUGGCAGCCUGGUCCUUUCACAUUCGUCGAAUGUUAAGAUGGAGACGAAAGACAAAGUCUCAAAGUUGUUUGUUCGAAAUACUACGCCAUUUGAUUCUGGUGUUUAUCAUUGCAUAGCAAGAAAAGACGCAGCGAGCAUUGCUAGCAAUAUAUCGGUAAAAGUGAAGAAUGUUCCUGUUAUUUCUGUUUUUCCACUGUCAAUAUCUGCCACAGAAGGUGACGUUAUUUUGCUCACGUGUCUGGUGGAUAAUAAUCAGUACCACAAAGUAGAAGUUUUAUGGUUCAAUAGUUCCACACCUACACAGCAUAUAGAUACUGGAAGAGAACUCAAUCUUACUAAUCGCAUUCAAUUAAAGACGAGAAAUCGUUACGAAGAGACAUACUGGUGUAAUGCUACAAACCAAGACGGUACAAGUCGAAGUCAAAAUGUCAGCGUUGUUGUGGUGUCAAAAGAAUACAAAGACUAUUGCUCUGCUGAGAAAGCUCGUGGUUAUGAUUGGAAAAGAACUCCUGUUGGGUCAAAUGUUGUUAAGAAAUGUCGUGAUAAAAAGAUAGGAGUUGCUUUUCGGUUGUGUUCAAAGGAUAAUGGACGUGCAGCCUGGGAUAAAGUUGAUGUGUCAAAUUGUAGAUCCCCAAUUGUCGUUGAUCUAGUUGAACAGGUAUCAAGGCUCGAGGAAGGUUUUGCAUCCAUUAACGUCAGCGAGAUUCUAAAAAGAACUGAAGUUGUUACGAAAGACGGUGGGGAAUUGUUUGAACAAGAUAUCAGAGACAUUGUGUCUGUUUUAAAGAGAACCCAAACGAAAACAUCGUUGCCGACUGAUCGAGAGAAAUUCAUUCGGUCUUCAAGUAAUAUUGUUGGUAGUUCAAAAAGAGGUGCCUGGAAAAACUUACAAGAAAGAAACACCUUAGCAAAACAUGUUAUUGAAGGCUCAGACAUGAACGCUAAGAAAUUAGUCGCUGAAACUGGAAAACCUGGAAGAGUACUUAAGUUUAAGACUGAAAAUAUUGAACUACUUGGUAUAAAGCUCCAUAAAAAUAAACCAGCUCAGCCCGAAGAUGUCAAUCUCAUGUCUGAAGACGAAGGCGUUGAGUUUCUUUGGGUUGAUGGUAUAAAGCAAGCGACUGUUGUCAAAUACACUUCAAUCAAAGACAUAUUAUCGCCCGAGGAGCUACAAAAUCUGUCGACAGCACGAUACAGGCCAGUGGCAAUCUGACUAUACAGAGCACCAUAGUUUCCUUUGCUACAGCCCCAAAACUUCCAAUGUUACUCAACACAUCAAAAUUGUCUUGAAAAACAAUCAGAGUGGUUACGUUGAUCCUGGAAGACAGUGUGUAUUUAUUGAACCAAGUGUAAGCGAUAGCAAAUGGAGCCGUGAAGGAUGUAAAUUAAAUGAAUCAAAAUCCUCAAAA